GUCCGCAGACAUAAGAAGCGGGGUCGAUUUACAGAGUACUUCCCCAUCAUCUCUCAUCUCAUCGCUUUGAGAGCUCCAUCAACCAUGUCCGACCCUCCCAUUGACCCCGACCGAUACGUCCGGGCGAGUUCCAUCACCGAAAAAUACUACCGCGAUGUAUACCCAGCCAUCAACCCAUCAAAACCCGAGUUCUCGCAAACAGGCAAAGUCACGAUUAUCACCGGUGCGGGGAAGGGCAUCGGCAGAGGAAUCGCACGCACCCAUGCAACAGCAGGCGUCAAGGCACUAGUCCUUAUUACCAAAUCUAUCGAAUCAGGGGAAGAAACCCAAGCACUCAUCCAGGCAGAAUUCCCAUCACUUGAAGUCCUCGCUCUUCCCACCGAUAUCACAGAUGAGAUGGCUGUGAAUCGCACCUUCAAUACCAUUAAACACAGAUUUGGUACCGCGGAUACAUUAAUCAACAACGCAGCGUCCCUGACAUCCGCUCGAAUCGAAGAAUCGGAUCCAACCAAGUGGUGGAAUAACUUUGAAACCAACGUCCGUGGUACAUACCUUGUCACGGCAGCAUUUCUACGCCUAGUUGCUGCCGACACCCAACCCACAAUCAUAAACAUCAUCAGUUCAAUCAGUCUGACCACCCCGGGGCUGAGUAGCUACCUCAUGAGUAAACUGAGCGUGGCCAAAUUCACCGAGUUCAUUGCCGCUGAGAACCCCAGCGUGAGGGCGUAUAGUCUGUCCCCGGGCAUGGUGGUGACGGGGUUGACUGUGGAGGCGUUUAAGCCGUAUUCUAGAGAUACUCCGGAAUUGACAGGAGCGGUUACGGUUUAUUUGGCUGCUAAGCGGCCUGAGUAUCUGAAUGGUCGGCAUUUGUCUGUGAAUUGGGAUUUGGAAGAGUUGGAGGGGCGAAAGGAGGAGAUUGCGUUGUCGGAUUUGUUGAGGGUUGGUCAGUUUUUAUAAGUUGAGAUUAUGCUCGGUGUCUGUCUGGAUUGUUUGGUAUGCCUUGCGACUAUGUUAUGGUGUUCAUGCAUGUAUUAGUGCUAUAUUAGAUAUAGCGAGGACAUAGUACUCCUAGCACAGGUGCUAACUACUAUAAAC